AUGGCGCACUCUUUCGAUUCAAAUGGUCACCAUGCUCUGGUAGUACCGGCCCAGAAUGUCAAAACUGUCAAGACGUUUUUGGAGGAGCAUCAGAUCUUGGACAAGAGUAGGAAAAUCAUACCGUACACUCCAGAGAGUAUACAGGAUGACCCUUCGGCGCUCCCCCUAAGAUUUAACUCAGGGAAGCGGUUCAUGAUACCCUUUCUGUCCCGUGCACCCAGCACAACACCCACCAAUGGAUCAGGUGCAACCACCAUCGAAGCGCACUUCGGAGAUCUCACAUCCGCUCUUGAAUCCCGCCUGACUCCGGACGCGCUCUCCAACGUCUCCAUAGUCCACAUCUCAACCCCUGGAUCCGGACAAACACCAACAACCCAACCGAACAACCCUCUCCGCGCCGCCUUCCACUCCGCCCUCUCUACCCUCCCCGCAGAAACCCUCUCCGCGCUCUCCCUCACCACCGCCCAGCUCGUCGCCGACCUCCCAGGCACCUACUCCAUCUACCCGCCUCUCCUCCUCCUCCCCGCGCACACCUUCCACCGCCCCUCCUGGACCGCCUUCCUCUCCGCACACCACCACCGACCCCUCGACACCGACCCGACGACGUUCCAACACCUCCUCGCGCACGUCGCGCAGCACCUCUCCGUCACGCACAUCGCGCUCAACGCGCCCAUCGCCCUGCACAACGCUGCCACCACCGCCUCCGACCAACCAAACGACGACAACAUCCUCCGCUCCCCCACCGCUCUCACGCCCCUUUACGGCUCCUUCGGCCUGCGCUUACCCGCAACCCACGCUCCUGACUCCAGCGACUUCGCCGCCGCCUUUUGGGCUACCGUGCGGCAGAACGGCGUCGCGCAGACGUGGGCGCCGCUGCACACCAUGUUCAGCCGCGGCAACGUCAAGGAGAAGGCGAGGGUGUUGGGGUUGGCGUCGGUGGUGGAGGCGGUGAGGGUGGGGGAGGAAGGCAGUGGGAGUGGUGACGGGAGAGGAAGAAAGGGGCGGCGGCCGGCGGGGUGCACGGCGGUCGAUUUGUACGCGGGCAUCGGAUAUUUUGCUUUUUCGUAUAGGAAGGCGGGGGUGAGGGCGGUGCUGGGGUGGGAGAUUAAUCCGUGGAGUGUGGAGGGGUUGAGGAGGGGGGCGGGGAUGAAUGGGUGGGGAGUGACGGUGGUGGGUGAUGGGGAGGGGGAGGGGGUGGAGGAUGGGCAGGAGGGGUGGGAGAGCGAUUUUGUGGUGUUUCGCGAGUCGAAUGUUUACGCGGCGGAGAGGGUGGAGAGGUUGAGGGAGAGGCUGCCGCCGGUUAGGCAUGUUAAUGGUGGGCUGUUGCCGACGUCCAGGGGCGCUUGGGAGACGGCGGUGAGGGUUUUGGAUCCGGAGGUGGGUGGGUGGGUGCAUUUGCAUGAGAAUUUUGGGGAGAGCGAGAUUGAGGAGAAGGCGGAUGAGGUUGUUGUGGAGGUGCGGAGGAUUUGGGGAGUGGUGAAGGCUGAGAGGUGUGGUGGGGAUGGGGUUGUUUUGGGAGAAGAUUUUGCUGUCGAGGACGUGGUCAAACUGGAGCAUGUGGAAAGGGUGAAGACGUAUGCGCCGGGCGUGUUGCAUUGCGUUCUGGACAUCUGGAUAUCGCCGACGGGCAACAUGGCCAGGACAUGA